AACAAGAAUUAAAGCAACAAAUCACCCAAUUAAAAAGACAACUUUAUAUUUUAAGUUCUAAAUUUAGACAGUGUGAAAAGCAUGAUGAAGACCCUGAGUAUACUCAACGAUAUUUAGCCAAUAAAGAAUUAUCGCAAAAAGAAGCAAAGGAAGAAACCACUCCUCGCAAUCUCUACCAAAAACUCACCCUAAUCCAAUCCGAAAUCAAAGAACUCAUCCGCACGGAAGAAAACAAAGGCCAAAAAUAUAAAUUCUUCAACGAACUACAAGUCCUCAACCUAUUAAAACCCCUCUUAGAGAAGUAUCAACUCACCAUCCUCGUGAGUGACACUGAGGAUAAAGAAUUAAUUUAUGAAAAAAAUAAUGACCCGGCUAAAGCCAAAGGUAGUGCAGAAACUUAUGCCAUGAAAUAUUUUUUAAGUAAAUUAUUUUUGAUGCCUGUCAAAGAUGAGGGGGAUCCGGAUUAUCGGCAAGUGGAGGAGGUGAGUAAAGUUCCUGAAAAGGAGCAAAAACCUCUUCCUACUGAGAAAUUAACCACGCAAACUAAAACCAUUGGUAUGCAACAGGUAGAAAAGUUGAUCGACUUAUUUAAGCAAAAAACUAAAGGGGAUAAAGAAAGGCAAAAAGAAAUGCAAAUUAAGUUUUUAGAGGAUUUGGAUAAAUUAUUGAAUAAGCGGGGCAUAGAAGGAACCACUGAACCUGGUAAUUUUAGAGUGAGAUUGGCUGAGUUGAAUGAGGAGGAGUAUCAGUGGUUGUGGGGGUGGUUGGUGAAGGUGGAAGAGAA